CUUACCUCAAACACCCACUGGAAAGAAUAUUUGAUGUUAUAUAUUAUGACCCUUUUUGAAAUGAUUAUUUUCAGAUCUGUGGAUCUUUUUAACACUAGAAGUAUGGUGAUGAGAUCUAAGGUUGAGAUUUGAGAAUAACAGCAAGAGAUAGAUGAUAAGCUCAUGAAAAGAAUCUGAAGAAAACUCAUUUUAUUUCUUUGCCGCCAUUGUUCUACAGUGAGCUUCGACAGUUGACACCUGUUAUCCAAAUUCAGCAAAGUCAUCACUGCAACAUACUCAGGCUUUUUUUUGGUCUAUCAUCAUAGCCUCUGCAACUGUCUAGCUUCAGACACCAAAGAAAGUGAGAGAGAGAGAGAAAGUAGUGAAUAGCUUAAUUAGAUCAUAGCUGUCUUGACCUGACACCAUUGUCUCACGCCGGUGGAUCCUUUGAGCUUUGAGCUAAACCGGAAAAGCAUGAGAGUAGCGUUUCAAUGGAGGUCGACGAGGACAUUGAGACACAAGAACAACAACAACAACAAACAAGCAGAAAGCUACAGAGAAUCUCCUCCGACAACAACAACGACAAAACCGGAAUGAGAGACUGGAACAACCCAUCUUCAAGAAUCAUUAGGGUUUCUCGAGCAUCCGGUGGCAAAGACCGACACAGCAAAGUCUUGACCUCGAAAGGGUUAAGAGACCGGAGAAUACGUCUCUCCGUCGCAACAGCAAUCCAGUUCUACGAUCUCCAAGACCGUCUUGGCUUCGACCAGCCGAGCAAAGCCGUGGAAUGGCUAAUCAACGCAGCUUCCGACUCAAUCUCCGAGCUACCUCCGAUCAACACAAGCUUCGACCAGGCGCUUUCGCUGUCUAAAUCCGCUUGCAGCAGCGGCACAUCUGAGAGCUCGUUGCUGUCUUUGUCGAGGACAGAGAGCCGUGGGAAGGCGCGAGAGAGAGCUAGAGAGAGAACAGCCAAAGAGAAAGACAAAGAUUUGCAAAGCUCCUUCACUCAGCUUCUAACCGGCGGGUUUGACGAACCAAACCGGAAUUGGAUCGGUGGUUCUUCUUCUGAUUGCUUUAACCCGGUUCAGCUAUUACCGAGCCCGUCCUCCUCCUCUCUACAUCCAUUCAACAACAGUAAUCAUCGUCAAGAGCCGUCGACGUUGAGUCAUCAUCAGAAUCAUUUCUCGUUUGUACCGGAUUACAACUUUGGAAUCUCUUCUUCUGAUUCUCCCGGAGCAGCCGCCGUUAACGGAGGCUGCUACACUAGUAGGGGGACCCUUCAGUCCAAUUCACACUCUCUCUUCCUCAACAACAACGUAAAUCAAAGACCCAUAUCUUUCAUGGCUACACCUCCUCCUCCUCUUGACCACCAGCUUCCGGCUACUUUCGACGGCCGGUUAUAUCUCUAUUACGGUGAAGGAAACCGGAGCUCUGACGAGAAAGGGAAGGAUGGGAGAUGAUAGUAAAGAAAAGCUUCGUUAAUUCUAUCUUGUGCAGGGGAAGGAAUUGACGAAAGACGAUGUAUGUGCAGCACCAACCUUAUCUUUUGAUCUCCCAUCUUUAUCAUAAGCCUGUGUUGUUGUUUGAUGAGAAAAUGUGUUAAUGUAAUGAAAAUGUUUUUUUUUUUUAAUUAUCUCAAAUAUAUGCAUCUUUCUGUUUUUUUUUUUUUCAUUUUUUUGUCGUGUAAUUUUCCUAAAACUGAGACCAACGUCUGUUUUUUUUUUUUUUUUGAAACUGACCAACGUCUGUCUAGUCAUCCUCUUCUGUUGACUACAUGGUAAGGAACAUCUAGG